AUGCAAUCUAUUCUAAAACUGAACAGUCGUCGUGUAUUAUCAUCGAUAUUACCAUCAUGCCGAUCGAUUACGACUAAUUUGGACACACCAUGGCGAACAGCUUAUGGUGGAAAAUAUACUGUAACAUUAAUUCAUGGAGAUGGUGUUGGACCUGAAUUAAUGCAACAUGUCAAAGCCGCUAUUCGAUGUGUUCGAGCACCAGUUGAAUUCGAAGAUAUUCCUCUGUCAAGUAAUGAAGCAAGUGAUGAAGUUUUCGAAAGAGCAAUUACAGCUGUUAAACGUAAUGGAAUUGCAAUUAAAGGAAACAUUGCAUCACAAAAUACAACAAAUUCUCUGAAUGUUCUUUUGAGAACACGUUUGGAUUUAUUUGCAAAUGUUAUUCGUUGUAAAUCAAGUCCUGUUGUACCUACACGUCAUUCGGAUAUCGAUAUUCUUGUCAUACGUGAGAAUACAGAAGGAGAAUAUAGUUCACUUGAACAUGAAUCAGUUCCUGGAGUUGUAGAAAGUCUGAAAGUUAUAACACGAGCGAAAUCUCUUAAAAUCGCUCGUUUUGCUUUCGAAAUUGCCAAACAUGCAGAUCGAAAGAAAGUCACUGCAGUUCACAAAGCAAAUAUCAUGAAAUUGAGUGAUGGUUUAUUUAUUGAAUGUUGUCGAGAGAUCGCCGCUGAAUAUCCGGAUAUCAAAUUCGAUACAAUGAUUGUUGACAAUACCUGUAUGCAAUUGGUUAAUCGACCAACACAAUUUGAUGUAAUGGUUAUGCCAAAUUUAUAUGGAAAUAUUGUUUCAAAUGUUUGUGCGGGUCUUGUUGGAGGAUCGGGAUUUGUUGCCGGAUCAAAUUAUGGCGAUCAUUUUGCAGUUUUUGAACAAGGAACAAGAAAUACAGGUCUUGGGAUUGCAGGAAAAAACAUUGCAAAUCCAUCAGGAAUUCUUUUUGCUGCAGCAAAUAUGUUGAAAUAUUUAGGAUUGGAUCAACAUUGUUCAACAAUAAAAAAUGCUGUUUUAAAUACAAUUCAAGAACAUAAAAUCAAAACUCCAGAUAUUGGUGGUACAGCAACAACUACACAAUUUAUCGAAUGUGUUCUCAAUGAAAUUAUUAAAUUAACUCCAUCAAUUGGAUUUAAUUAUGAAAUGCAAAAAGCAACUCAUGCUUUCAGAUUUAAAGAUAUCGAUUAA